AUGUGGAAACAUUACAAAUUUGAUCCUAAUUCUGUAAAUUUUUCAUGUUAUACAGAAGAAAAAUUCAAUGAAUUCGAUAUUUUACUGCGUUCCGAAUGGGAUCGUGCUGUUGCUGAAGGUCUUUUUAUGUAUCCAAUGGAUUAUCAUACUAAACAACGAAUACUUGAUGAUGGAGAUCUACACUAUAUUAUUGAAUUUAAUCGUAAUCGAGAGGAAAAACGUCGACCACCAUAUCCAUUUGAACAUGUGAAUACACCAUUUGAUAAUAAGAAAUUUAAUUUUAAUAAAAUAAAAGAUGAGGAAAUUCUUUUUUCUUUAGAUAAGGAACAACAAACAGAUAAACACUUAAUAAUAAUUAAUAAUGCACCUAUUCGUCCUUAUCAUGUAUUACUUGUACAUGAUCGUCAACUUGAACAAUCACAAGUUCUUACUAUUGAUUGUAUUGUUUUUGGAUUUGAGUUUGUUGCUUCAAGUGCUCAUCCAUAUAUAACGGCUGGUUUUAAUUCACUUUGUGGUUAUGCAUCAGUAAAUCAUUUACAUCUUCAUGGCAUGUAUUUGCCUGAUCGUAUAUUUCUUCAAACAAUAAAAUGUUCUCCGUUUCAUACAAAAUCAAAUUGCUAUCUUUCGGAUUUAUUUCAAACUCAAGCAUUUGCUUUUGAAGUUCGACAGGUUGAUGAAUUCAAUAAAAUUGCUGAAUAUGUGUAUAAAAUAACAAAUUAUUUAAGUACAAAUAAUAUUGCUCAUAAUAUGACAAUUGUAAAAGGUGAUUCAUUUUCAUCGUCAGAAAAUGUUUUACGCAUAUUUGUUUGGUUUCGUCAAUCGGUUAUUAAGGGAUAUAGAUUCGAUCGAUGUAAUUUUGCCUUUGUUGAACUAUCAGGAUUUAUGCCAAUUCACUGUGAAGAUGUUUACAAUACUUUGACAGAACCGGAAUUAUGUGAACAUUUGAAUGGACUAGCUUUAUCAUCCGAAGAACAAAAACGAAUUAAAGACGAUGUGAAGAAUUUAUUAGAUAAUUAG